GUCCGUCAGCUGGUCUGCCAGUUCAAACGAUGAGGCAGAAAUGGCGGAGCUAGUGGAAGGUGUUCAGUAUGGUUUGUCAUCGCAGGGAAAUAAUAGUGAUAAGUCGUUGAUAUUUGUGAAACUCACGGAUUCUGCGUAUCGUGCUAUUGAAAGCUAUUUGAAGAAUCAGAGCAAGUUCACCAGAUCACCUACUAUCCAGUUCCUAGGCAACGAGGGGACCCUAACCUUUCCGUCAUGCGAGUCCAGCCUUGGCCAAGCAGGCUUCAAGUUCAGCCUGUCAACAAACGCAGAUAUCGAGGGGCCACAAGGAAGCUUCGAAUGCGUCAAGCAGAACAGUUCCACGUCACUGGAGCCCUUGGGUGCACUACCGUGCAAAAUGCGAAUACAUGCCAAAGAUGACGUAUAUGACAGGACAAGAGACCAGUUGGCAAAAGCAGAAGAGAACCAGAAAAGGAACUGCACAAGAGAAAUAAAGCCUGGAGGUCCAGGCAUUGGCAAAAAGGUGAAAAUAAAAGUGAGAGGUAUUCCUGCUAGGAGUAUUGGCAACACAGUCCCACCUGUGCAGAAAGAAAAGGACUUGCCUGUUCUGAACACUCGGCAACCGCCCGCCAGCAAACCGUUUCCGUCAAAUGUGAAGCCGUCUACGAAUGGUUACCUUCCUGCCCACAACAGCAUGUCCAGUGGGGGUUCUCCCCAAAACUCCAUCCGAACCAAACCUUCAGGGAACACCGGUGGCCAGAAGACCGUUAACACAGAUAUCAUGCGGCGGCCUCUGAGGGAACGGCUAAUACACCUUCUUGCUGUCAGACCAUACAAGAAACCAGAAGUGUAUGAGAGACUCAGAAAAGAUGGUAUAACAGACCGCGACAGAAAGUGUGUUGGUGAUGUUCUCAAGCAGAUAGCACGCAUGACAGAGAACACAUUUCAUCUAAUGCGUAACAUAUGGAAUGAUGUACAAGAGGACUGGCCUUUCUAUAGCGAGCAGGACAGACAGAUGCUGAAGCGCCACAAGCCGCAGAACCUCACACCCCCAGGGAGCAGUGAUGGUGGCAGCUCGGGCAGUGGCCACUCUCCUACCAGCACCCACCCGGGCAGCCCACCACCACCUGUGUCUUCAAAUCUCAAGAGGCCUGGAUAUUUUGAAGGCGCAGAUGGACUACCUUCCAAGAAGCAUCGCGUAUCACAUUAUCGGAAACCAGAUCAGCAGCUGCCAUCCACGAGGACAGGAAAUAGUAAUAAUAAUAAUAAUAAUAGUAGUGCUGGUGCAGCCACCGGGCUUCCUUCACUCCUGGAUGGGGCUAGGCAUGUCAAUACUCCAGAACGUGAUGAGGAAGAAAACAGAGACAGGAGACCAUAUGUGGAAAGGGAUAACCUUUCUUCUGAUAGGAGAACUUUUAGUGAACGAGAAGGGCCAUCAUCGGACAGGCGGUUUAGUGAGAGAGAUAGUGCUUCAUCUGAUAGACGUUCCCUUGUUGAAAGGAAUAGUAGUUUUGCAGAGAGGCGGCCCUUAAGUGGUGAAAAUGUUUUGGACAGGCGACCAUUAGCAAUGGAAACAGAAAGUGGCAGCUCCGACAGGCGUUACUGUGGACCGGAUAGGGGCAGUUUUUCUACUGCAGACAGAGAAAGAAGACAGUUUGCAUCUGAUACUGUUGCUGACAGUGUGUUCAGUGUAGUGAGUAACAAGGAAAUGUCCUCCACAAGUGUGCACAGUGACACAGUUGAUCGCUCAGCUGUUCAGUGUUUUAAUCAGUCACCUAACACAGCAUCACCUGGCAGAAGCAGUGGUUUAAAUGGCAGUAACAAAACACUGAGGGAAGAGAGUGUAUGGGGAAAGACAGAAAGUGGCAGGGUUCCUAGCCCAUCCGCCAGUGCCAGGAAUAGUGGUAGAUACCAGGACAGUCGAAAUGACAGGUGGAAUGGUAAUUGCAAUAACAGCAGUUCCUUCAGCAGAAAUGCUGGGAAUGGUAAUUACAAUGGUGUCUCCAAUAACAGUGUCAGUGGUGGUGGCAGCAACAGCAGCAAUCGCAACAUCAGUAACAAUGUAAGCAACAGGAGUAAUGCAAGCAACAACUUAAGCCAUAGUAAUAGCAACAGUGACCAGAGAAAUGGCUACUCCAGCGGCCAUGUACCUUCUUCCUCUAGCACAGAGAAUACUCCUGUUGCUGCAACAGCAGAUUCUUACUCCAGUCCCCACUGUCAGCAGGAAGCUGUUGAUCAACCAUUAAAUGGCGAACUUCCAUUUGCUGAUUAUCUUUCGAACUACACAAAAAUAAUGAACAGUGAGCAACGGAGUAAAUACAAAGCAGACUUCAAUGCAGAUUAUUCAGAAUACAGAAGACUUCACUCUGAAGUUGAAAAAGUUUCUCAGAGAUUUGCUCAUUUAGAAAAGAGCUUGAACCAACAAGUAAAGUUUAGCUCUGGAUGGAAGAGCAUUCAGAAACAAAUUAUUCGGGAAUAUGAAGAAACCAAACGGGAUCAGAAGCUCCAAGACAUCAAAAAGAGGUUUCAGUAUCUGCAUGAAAAAUUGUCACACAUCAAACGCCUGGUUUCUGAAUAUGAUGCAGCACAGAACUGUAACUGACCCUGGCCUCACUCAGCACAUGAAAUGCUGCCUUUAACGUUCCAACAACGAUCAGUUGAGCAGGAAUCUCGUGGUGGUUAACUGGCAUUGUGCUUAGUACUUACUUGCAGUUUUCAUUACACUUGAAAAUGUAGAGUAAUAAUUCCUAUCGCAAAUGUCACAGAUCCCAGAAUUUGCUCCUAACUGGUAUUUUUAACUGUGACGGCUGUUGAUCUGGAGAGGAUAAAGUGUGCAGUUACAAUGCUUGAAAGUUCAUAAAAACAAAGUUCACAAAAACAAAGUACAUUAAACAGUAAGUCAGUAUUAGAUAUAGCCUUCGCACUGUGUUGUAUGGUUAUCUGCUUUACUCGAAAGGUUCAAGAGUUACCUUAAGAGGAUUAUUUUACUUCUCCCAUCAAGGGUGUUGUUUUGAUCUUGAAAUGUGUGUGUGUGAGUGAGUGAGUGAGUGAGUGAGAGAGAGAGAGAGAGAGAGAGAGAGAGAGAGAGAGAGAGUAAAUGAAUUUCAUGCUUCUUUUGUAAUUAGUAAAUGCAAGAAAUUUGUGCAGACUUACGUUCAUUGUUAAGUCAUCACUGGGAGUGAGAGAGAUUGUUUUUUGCAUGAAACUCCAUCAUGAAGUGUGUGGAAUAAUGAGCUCUGCAUUUAUUUCUGAAUAAUGAUUGAUAUUAAUAACACAAUCCUGAUACUUUCAUAGUGGAACAAUAAUAUCUUGUAAAUUAUUGAGAACUUAUAUGUGAGAUGGUGCUGUGUCUACAUAAAAGUGAAGAAAAGUCACUAUCUUUCUGAUGUUAAUGUUUGUUAUUCCUAAGAUUUAGAUUCUGCCAUAAAUAGUGGAAGUAAUUUAAAGAACCGUUUUUUGUACACAGCCUUUGUGCGGUUUUAUCUCCUCAGUUUAGUGUGUUGGCCAUCUUCCAAAAGUAGUGUGUGGUUUGUUUGUGGUAUUUUAUUUCACCAGAUUCCUGUUCUCUCUUUCCUUAAAAAUGUUAUGGUCUCAUAGGAGUUAGUGCUUUAGCUGAACUGAACAGUGCCUUUAUAAUAGUUAGCCACUGGAAAUUUUCCCCCAACUUCCAGCAAGAAAGAUAUUAACCUCAUGUAAACUACUUGUACAAAGAAAUUAUUUAUUGUUUUAAAAUUGAUAGUCUUCCAUAAAUGUUAAACAUAUUGAAAUGUAAUGGUAAAAUUAUAUUGAUUACUGAUGAGAGAACAGGUAUCAAAAGUGUGGGUGAUGUAUUGUGAUAUGAAGCAGUGUAUUUUUGAACCAUUUGCACUUCACAAUUCCCAUAAUGUGCAAUUUGCAUAACAGUAGCUUCUUCCUUUCCGUUUUAAAAAUGUGCUCCAUACAGUUAAGCAUUCUACAAUCUAAAAAAAUUUUCAGUCCCAGUCAGUAGACAUAACUAGAUCAAAGGGCCUUUGUGUUAUUAAUAGCUUGAACUGGCGAGAGGUAUGAUCAUUAUAUGCAUCAUACAAAUGCACAGUAAAUUGGCUAUUAUGAGUAUUUCAUGAAUCUCAACAUAAUGCUCAUGUAAAGCCAAGAAAGCAUUCACAAAUUUAUAUUUCGUGUUACUGUGGGAUUUCAUCAUUCCUUUAGAAUCCAUCUGGGGUAGUCUUCUCAGAGCUAAAAAGUUCAUUGUGAUGGGAAGUUUACAUAAAGCUGUACCACAGAAUACUGUUAUCUGAAAAAUAAAUUAUUAGAAUUGGAAUUAUUUACACUAAUCCCUAGUGCACUGCUAAUAUAAUACAUUGAACAAAGAAAGAUUAAUCUGAAACUUUUAAGCAGCUUUACAUGGAUGAUGUAGUGAAUUUUAGUCCUGGUGGUUUGGUACUGUGAAGUAGGGAAUACUUUUAUGCGAAGAUUCUUGCACGAGUUGUGGUUACGAAGGUACCAUAAAAAAGCUGCAACAAUUUAAAUUACAUUAAAAAUUGUUAAUACUGCCUGCUAUUUUGUAGGAAAUUUUAAUAUUUCCAUUAAAUAAACAAUGAAAGUUGACAAAUGAGGGAGCAAAUUGAUGUGACAGAAGCACAGACACGAGGCAAAGGUUUAUUUUGAAGUUGAUGCAACAGGGGAAAACAUUUUGCGUAAUGGCAUCAUAAUAAGAAAUCAGUAUAUUGGUCAGAUCUAUAGCACAAUCUCAGCAUAUUGCACCAUUUUUAAAAAUAAAUUUUGUGGUACAGGUACUGUGGCCCCAGUGUUCUGAAAAAAGUGGAUUUUGUGCUUUUGUUCCUUUCAGUAUAUUUGUCAAGUAUAUCUGAGAGAUUUCCAAAAAAUCUAAGGUGUAGGAAUACCAUAUAAAAUAUUUUGUGGCACAUCAUGAUGUUGUUUGAAGAACAUACUUUUGUUUUUUUAUUACUCCUGUAUUAAAGUCAAAUUUCAUUUGUUUGCACCUUACCAAAAGCAUAUGUUGGUACACUAAUUAGAUAAUGUGUUAAUUCUUUGGAUAUAGAAUAUGAUUAUGUAGCACACUAGUUGAAAGAUGUGUUACUUACUAACUCUUGUUAUUAUUUUAUUGUAACAGCAGAAGUUACACAUUUAUGGGAAUUCAUUAGAAGUGCAAAUAAAAGAGUUCCCUACUCAUCAUUAAUAUUAAAGUGGUGUUUUUUUGCUGCAUCAGUUACAACAACUAAAUUGAAAUAUUAUUUCCAGAGGUGUCCUUCAUACAUAUACUGGUGAAACUGAUUACAUUGGUCAGUGAUAACCCAAAUGUUCUGUGCAAUCCAUGAUGGUUCUUUCAUUUAUUUGAGUGUAUGCGGUUUUUGUGCAUGAGAUGAAGUGGUUAGAGUUAAAUGUUCUUUCAGUUAUGUAUCCAUUAACAAAAUCGUGUAAAUUAUCUAGCUUGUGGGUAAUGGAUAAUCAGAAUGCUCAAACCAUAUCUCGAAAACUGUAAGAUAGUUAGCAACUGUGUGUACAUAUAUUAAAAAUCUUUUAGAUAUUGGUACAGAUAAUUUUGAGAAACAUGACAGAGAAGAUUUAAUGACCAAAGUACAGUACUAAGUGAAAUAACAGUGCAGAAUUCACUUAUUGGGUAAAGUUUGUUCACCACCCUAUGUAAGUUACUGGUGAAUGCUUCUCCUGAUAAAGUGUCGGAGUAUAUUAAGCUGCAAGAACAUCGUUGAUUGGAAAUAAUGGAAGAUAAAUACUUUAUACAUAAUAUAUUUUUGACUGUGAUGUAUUUUUUUUAUUUUAUUUUUUAUUAAUAGAUGCUCAUUCCUGCAGCAAAUUUGCUGCUAACUAUUGUAACUUGACUGAUGCUGAUGUGUGAGAAGGGAGUGAGAACUGUCCUGCCACCAUUGCCAAGGAUUAACUACAGUGAAAAGUGAAGAAAAGUUUAAUGUAGCGAUUAAAUGGCAGUUGUAAUAACUAUAAAUGUGCUUGGUUGUGGAAAAUAUUUGAAAGGGAAAUACUGUAUAAUAAACUUUUUGUGAUCAAGAACAUUUUUGAUCAGAAGUUAUGCUAUUUAUAUUUCUAAAAAGGAUGGUAACUACUCAUCCUGGCGACUGUGCUUACGAUGCUGUAUACAUAAACAAUGUGGAUGGCCUCCAUUCAUUUAUUACUGCCCUGGCCUGGAACAUUGGUGACGACCGGAAUUCUUCCCUGACCUUGAUUAUUAUAUUAUCAUCAUUAUUAUUAUUAUUAUUAUGACUAUUAUUAUUACUGUCUGUAUAGUGUUUUAUAAAAAGGAUAUCAUACAAUAAUAUGCAUUCUGUCUUCUUUCAUUAUUGUGUUCUGCUUUUGAGAUUUUACAUAAAAAUGUUGAAAAAAAAUGCUCUUCUUAGUCCGGGGAUUGUGUAAUUAUACCAGCUAGUGGGAUAUUUAUUCUCACUGUUGGCGUAAGUACUGUUCUGCUGGUAAGGAUUCGUAAAUGCUUGUGGAGUAACUGGCAUAUCUGAUAAUAAUACAUUUAAGUGCUUGUAUUUAUCACUUUGUAUGAAUAUGCACGCACAAGAUUCAGCAACUAGUUUAAGUAACAUAAAGAUGUAUCUCGUAACUGGUUUGUUAGUGCAGAUAGGCUUACACUUAAUAAUUUAAUGAGGGACCAAGAACAAUAUAUGUUUCACUUGUUAUUUUAAAACAAUAAAAGAGCACUUACUAAUUGUUCUGUUGUGUAUUACUAAUAUGAGUGUCUCAUUCUCCAUACCCGGUUUAUACAAAUUAAAAUCGUCAAUUAUCCUAAGAAUUGUUUGAAAUAUUGGCAUUACAUUGUUUCUGUUAUGGGCCUUCAUUAUUGCAAGGAAGUGAGUUGUAAUAGGUAUCACAUAUCUCACACUGGAAAAGCUAACUGCACAAGAGAGAUAAUGACAUCACAAUUAUGGAAGCCAUGUACUAAAGACAUGCUUAAUGAUGAUAAUUAUAUACUUUGUUUUUAAUAAAAGAUAAAGUUUAUUCUUCUAUUUUUACCGCAUUGCUGAAUCUCAAUAGAACAGAAUGCAAGCAAACUCCACAAGCAAGGUGAACCGAUAUGGCUUUAAAGUUUCCCAAGUGGCAGUGAAGGUAAAUCAACUGAUAUCAAUGUGCUGCUGUUUUGCUCUGGUGAUUAAUGUCAACUGCUUUUGAAAUUGUGAUUUGUGUGUGUGGAUAUUGUUUUAUAUGAGGUUUAUUUAUGUUUGUAGCAGGAAAAUAUUAAUUUAUUGUUGAAUUUACUAUGUAAAUAUGUAUACAUGUAUGUAUGUUUUUUGUAAUUCUUUCUGAAGCAUUGUGAAUGAAGCAUGAUUCAGUUCUUUUAAGUAGCAACAUAAAUGUAGAAUUUGGCAUUUGGUUGCAUUACUGAUGUAUACUGGUACGUUGGUUGGUUUGUUAUUUCAAAAAUUAUGGAAGUUUUGUUAGGAACAAUCUGUGUCAUUAUUGUAAUGAUUGUUGUUACUGGUUUAAAGUUAUUGUUCAAGUAUAGGUUUUCUAACUGAGGUUGUUUUAACAUUCAGUAUUAUUUAGCAGAUUCACUUUGGUUGUAGAGUGUGGAAACACUGAAAUAAUGUAAAUUCUGCAUUAACUGCAUGAAGCACACACAUCCAAUUUUAAUACAGUAUACAUUUUUAUUAGGUUGUUCUGUUGGUUUGAUUAUUUGUGUUCUACAUUGGUCAAACUAAGACAAGGAUUGAUUUUUUUCCCCCGGUGUUUCAAAAGUUGUCUCACAUACCCCACCAGAGAUCAGCAAGAGAAAGGAACUUUUUGUUUAUAGUAUUUAGUGAACGCAGGUGGUUUUCUUUACAAGUAACCAGAGCUGAUUGUAGUAUUUUUAAUAUAGAGUUGUUGUUUUCGCAGGUACCCUUUAGAUUCAACAUUGUUAUAGUGAGCACACUUCCAAAAUCUCUAGCUUCAUGUAUGAUUACCACUAAAAGAAAUUUGUCACUUGUGGAAAUACUUUGAUGAACCAAUGCAUCUUUAAAUACAAAUAUGACAAUUUAUGUGAGCUGACACAGCUCUGAGGAGCAGGACCCAUUUCUGAAAAUGAUGCACAUUGUAUUGCAGAAGUGUGGAAUGUUAUUCCAAAUUUCUUAAUUAUAAGGCUUACUCUACAAUCAAAUUGAAUCUCAUCUUCCAAAAAUGGAGCUGUAAUAAAGGUACUAUUCUGCUAGUAAGCUCAGAUAUAUAUUACAUUUGACACUCAGUUGUAUCAUGGCAUUGAUAGAUGUAUACAUUCUCAUCAUCGUGCAAUUGUUGAUGAUGCUGCUAAUUUUUAUAGUGUCUUCUGGCUUUAUAAGUAUAUUGUUAACUGAGUGCUACAUUGUUCUAAGAGUUUAAUGACAUAUUUUUAAAUAUAUUUCAAAAUGAGCUGAAACAUUCCAUGAGCACAAAAUUGUUGUAGAUGGUGCUGAGCACAGGAACAUGUAUGACAGAUUUGUUUUCAUGUGUGCCACUUGGGAAAAGAAAUCACAAAUGAGACCUCAUGUCUGCAGAAGGCAGGGUUACUGUAUCAUUUGUGAUUUGGGAUAAUGGAUAUAUGACGAUGUCUUGUUUGGUUUAGAUCUAUUGCUGGAUUUGUUUAAAAAAUGUUUGUCUUAUGGGACAUAUAAACUUACACAAAACAUACAAAAAAAUAAAUCCUAUUACUUAUAUGCAUGCAGCAAUCAAAAUCA